GGCGGGACUCGGGGCGGUUUGAAAGACCCGCGCGCUGAGCGGGGUGGCCCGGCUGCCGCUGAGAUGUCGGUGCUGAGGCCGAUGGACAAGUUGCCCGACCUGAACGGGGCCACCGUCUUGCUGGUGGGCCGGGAGGAUGCGCUUCUGCAGCGGCUGGCGGAGUCGAUGCUCAAAGACCACUGUGCAUCCGAGCUGAGGGUCCACUUGGCCAACUCCCUCCCUCUGCCCUCCAAUGUGAACCGGCCCCGAAUUGACCUGAUUGUGUUUGUGAUUAACCUGCAUAGCAAACACAGUCUCCGGAACGUGGAGGAGUGUCUGAACCAUGUGGACAGCAGCUUCUUCCUGGGGAAAGUAUGCUUCCUGGUCACAGGGGCUGGACAGGAGAGCCACUGCACCAUUCACCGGAACACAGUUAUAAAACUGGCCCACACCUACCGAAGCCCCUUGCUCUUCUGUGACUUAGAGGUGGAAAGCUUUCGGGCCACCGUGGCACAGCGCCUGGUCCGCAUGCUGCAGAUCUGCGCUGGCCACGUGCCAGGGAUCUCAGCGCUGAAUCUGCUGUCCUUGUUGAGGAGCUCCACCAGCCCCGCGCCCAAGGAGCUGUGAGCGCCCCUGCCCUCCCCGCAUUUGGCUCCAGCUCCAGAAGCAGUCACUGUGGGUGAAGACCAGUCAGGGCCUGACAGGCCCUGGAGGGAGGCAGCCUGCUGACUGCAGGGCUGAGCUCUGCUCCACCGAGGAGUGCUGGGCAGGAGUCGGGAGGGCAGCCCAACGGUUGAACCCCCAUCCUUCCCGGCUCCCCACAGAGGCCCCACACCACAGAGGCCCGUAUCUUCACCUGUCUGGCGGGGUACAUCACCUAAGGUUUCUUUGGAACAAAGAGCCAUGGCUAAAAAAAAACCCUAAAAAUCUGUCUCACCCACCAUUUGACUUUGUAAAUGAGGAAACUGACUCAGUACAA